UCUCGUAUACAUUAUCUGUAUCUAUGACAAUUUAAAAACAUGGCUACCAUGUGUAAAUGAAUUGGUUGAUUCGCACGCUGUAAACAAGUUUCUAUCUUCAAUUUGUCAUGAAAGCUCUGUUUCGCGUUACCGAUCGCACGAAUUACCAAUCGACAGAUACGUGCCCCGUACCCUGAGGCUGCAUCGACGGUCCAUCGAGAGCGCCAACCAACUUUCGGGAGUGAAAGCCUCCACGCGAACUGACAGUAGCGCAGAUUCUGUUUUCCACGGGCGACCGAUAUCUGUUGCCUUCGUUGCCAUCACCUGGAAGCAUAUUUCGUUUAGCUGCGAAACCGAAGUGCAUUGCAAAUUCAUGUGGAAACUCUUCCGAAAAUGCAAUUAAGGAGAUUCUGAGAAGUGGAACGUGAGAAUUUUGCGCGCAGUCUUUAUCAUUACAGAGAGAGCACCAUCCUAUAAUAGAUAUCCAUGGAUAUCGCAGGUUAUGAUACCAUUAUGCGCCAUCCAAAAACCAUCAUCCAUUUGGAUGUCGACUGCUUCUACGCUCAGGUGGAAAUGAUUAAUCAUCCUGAAUUGGAAGGACGGCCGUUAGGUGUGCAGCAAGGGAGUAUGGUGGUCACUAGCAACUACUUGGCGAGAGAAUAUGGAAUAAAAAAAUGGAUACCGGUGCAAGAAGCCCUGCGUCUGUGUCCGGAGCUGGCCUUGGUAAAUGGAGAAGACUUAACAAACUAUCGUCACUACUCGACCAAAAUAUUUGAAAUUCUGCACCAAUUUACCCCAUUAGUGGAAAGACUGGGCCUUGACGAUAAUUUUCUUGAUGUGACGUUGAUAGUGGAAAAACAUCUCAAGUCUCAGAAUGAUACGGAACUCGAUAUGAGCAGCUCGAGUACAGAAUUUGAAGAUUUGAAAGAAGUCACCAAGAUAUUCGGUCCCUCGGAGGAGGAAUGUCCAUGUGGUUGUCAUACACGCUUGAUGAUUGGCUCGAAAAUAGCGGCCGAAAUAAGGAGCCGCAUCUAUGAGGAACUGCAUCUUACUUGCAGCGCUGGAAUAGCGCACAAUAAACUUCUGGCCAAAUUAGCAGGAUCGUUGAACAAGCCAAAUCAACAGACGUUGGUCUUUCCGUGCGGCGGUCCAAUGUUACUCUCAGCGUUAGGUUCUGUGUCCAAGAUACCUGGCGUUGGACAAAAGACCACAGAAUUAUUGUUAUCGAACAAUAUAAAAACGAUUGACGACGUGCGCAGAAUACCUUUAGAAAAUCUGGAACUAAAAAUUGGCGUUGAUCUGGCGAGAAGACUGAAGGACAAUGCGGAAGGAAUCGAUGAGACAGCGGUAAAACCAUCUGGAAAGAAACAAUCCAUAGGUCUGGAAGAUGGAUUUAAGAGUGUGUCGCUGGUGGCCGAGGUAGAGUCGCGAUUAGGUGCGUUAUUGAGAAGAUUAACGGAAUUGGCAAUGGAGGAUGGUAGAAUUCCCAUUGCCAUGAGAAUAACAGUGAGGAAGCAUGACUUGAACAAGCCCACUUCGGGUAAGAGAGAGACUAGGCAAUGCGCGUUGCCAAAACAUCUUUUACCGUCCACGAAAAACGGUGUGUAUGAUCACCAUAAAAUGUCGAUACUCGCCAUGAAGCUAUUCCAUCGAAUAGUCGACGUCUCCAAGCCAUUCCACUUGACACUUCUGGGAGUUGCGUUCACGAAGUUCGAGGAGAGAUCGUAUGGCAGGAGUAGCAUCGCACCCUUCUUGUGCAAGCAAGUCGCCGUCCAUUCCGUUCUAGACAUCAGCUCUGAAGAAGGUAUACCCGAAGCAAACCAAGGAUCGCCGAUGAGUAUUAAUCAAGACAGUAACGACAGCUCGGAUCAAUCAGCGAUGAGCUUGAUGACCACCGCUUCGUCGAGUUUUUCGUGCUCACCAAUCUCGAAAUUGUGCAUGGCAAGUCAGAAUACAGAGGACGACUUGCAGAACGAGGUAGAACCACUACCGAAGAAAACCAAGCUGGAAGUGUGGCUGCGAGGUCCUCGAGAAUCGCCGAGUAACGAAAUGGCUGGUCUGAGACUAAGCCCUUCAUCGCCAAUGCAAUUGUCACCCACGGUGGACUCUACGGUUUUCAAGACUCUGUCCAUUGAGAGGAGAGAGGUCACUCGUUCUUGGCCCACGACCAGCAAACCGAAACCAAACAAUAUACUUAAAUAUUUCAUAGCCAAUAAGUGACGGAGCUCCGUGACCUAGUAUUGAAUGUCGCGUUUACAUGUGCACUUCGAUCGGCAACAUUAAAUGGCAGCACCAUAUGAUAUUAUGCAGGAUAUGAUUCUUCACUCUUAAUAUUUUGGAUGCCAAAUUUUAGAGUACAAAAUGUGAUGUAUUGUCAGGCUCAUUUUUUUUUCUAAACUAAAAUAAAUUGAAAAGACUUGCGGUGUCCAUAUAUACAUUUACGGGGUAUAUGCAUCUAAAGCUUUGUUUCAUUAAAAGCAGAAGAGAUACUACAGUAUUAAUAAAUGGUAAUUUGAAUCUGGAUAUACCGUGCAAAAUAGACACUUGCAAUACUUUCUUUGAACUAGCAUGAUGUAGAAAACAAAGCUUGAGUAAUCAAUACUUAUGUCGCUUCUUUUUUACUAUGAUGCUCUAAAUUGAUGUCCUAAAGCUUCGACGUGUAACUAAGAAUGAUCCUGCAUAAAUUUCUCUUUUGUGCCUUUAUAUCAUAUGUGUUUCAAUAUUUCAAGCAAAGUGCAUUUGCAGAUUUUACACGAUGGAAGAUCUAUAUACACAUAUAGACACAUGUGUAUAAGUAUGCGUAUGUGUGUGCGAUUGCGUGUGCGAUUGCGUAUGCGUGUACCGUGUGUAUGUAUAUCUGUGUUCAAUUGCAUUUAAUAUAUUGUCCUAGUUUUAUAUAAUAAGAUGAGAGAUCAUAGCUUUAUAUUGAUCCAUUAUAGUCGAUGUUAUUUUUUACAUUACUUUCGACAGCAACAAUGAAAAAAUAAUAUAUAAUGGUAUUUUUAAUUACAAUUAUUUUCCAACGUUAUUUUAUCAAUAAUAUGCUUCUAAAAAAGAGUUAUGUAUUCAGUUGGAAAUAAUAAUUUCGUUCUAUUAUAAUUAAUAAACGAAUUUUUUUUAGAAAGAACAAUUGUCUUGAAGAUUUUGCAAGUUGCAAUAUUUGUCAUUCAUGCUGUCACUUUUACUAUAAUGCAAUAUGAGCUAUAUUCAUUUACUGUAACGUAUAUGAUUUCUAGAUGGACACAAUACAUGUAUUAAAACCAGCCUGUUUUUUAAUUGAACAAAAUUACAAAAAGAAUAUAUUUAUUUAGCUUAUACGAUAAAUUCACACACAGUUGCAGAAGCAUUUUAAACGAGUUAGUUAGCGUAUUAAACAGGUAUACGCCUAUACGUAAGUGAGGUAAGGUGCUGGCAUUCGAUGUUGUAAUUCUUGACGGAUAAGUAAUUAUAUAAUUUAACGUCCUGAGAAGAAAAUUCUAUUUUUAGUACUGUUAAAUCAAGGAUCGAAAGCGGUAUAAUUUCGCUGAAUUUAAUUUUCCUUGCUACAGACAUACGAAAGAGAAUCUUACGUCAGUUAUCACAUUUUCAUUGUUAUAAAAAAAAGGUAAAGAUCUUCGUUUAUCCGUAGCAUCGAAAUCUGAAUUCACAGGUGAAUUAUUGCUUUCGAUCUUUGCUUGUGUAAUAUAUCAUAUCGGGCGAUUAUUGCGCGAAAGAGAGAUACUCGGUUAUUCCCGCCAGGAUUAGCCACUAGCGUGGAGAUUCUCUUAUUGAGAAAUAUAGUAUAUAAAUAUAUAUGUAAUUAUUCGAAAGACAUAUACUAGACAAUCAUAAAGUUUUAAUGCCACUUCUCAUUACGGCACAUGGUGAUUAUUAUAUAUAUAUAUAUAUAUUUAGAUAUAUAUGUAUAUAUGUAUGUAUGUAUACGCGCAUAUAC